GUCGGACUGUGUGCAAUCAUCGUCACGUCUCGCCUCUUCGCACCAUGCUCCCAGCAAGGAAGUCCGUCUCGACUGCCUGCCCCAGCUCCAGCCAUGUCAUUUGCAUCGUCGUCAUCGGCAAAGCUGCAAGCGUUGUGCUGCAUUUCGUGGGCUUCCUGUUGGAACAGGUAUUGCAGCUGGCAUUUCUCCCUCACCUUCGGCGAGCAGAGAGGCCGCUACGAAUCUUGACAGGGAGUGCAGCUCGUCAGACAAGUGCUUGGCGCUGGAAGGCUUCAGCUCAAAACUACAGAGCCAAGUGCUGCAGUCCGCGUAUUUCCGCUAUGUCUUGUUGUGCCUCAACGAUGUUGAGUCCUUAGUGGACGAGCUGCAAAAUCACGCCGAUCACGCUGAGCCAUACACGCCCCAUUCGCACAAUGAUCCGUCUACGCUCUUCUGCUGCAUUUAUCGCUUGUCGCAAUUACAGCCGUCCAAAGAACAGGUCCAGCAACUUGUGGGCUUCAAAGGGUCAGUCAUGGUGCGUGCUGCCGGCAUGCUGCACAUUCGGUUCAGCUGGCCGCCUGGAGAUGCCUGGACUUGGCUUCGAAAAUUUCUCUUCGACAGAGAGUUCUUCAGGCCUGGCUGCUCCGCAUCCGCAUCUGUCACAAUGGGCGACUGGGUGGAAAGCCUUCUGCGACAUGAGAAGCCACUCGGCUGCAACACGUCACUGCUCUUAACGCGGGUCCGGAAGGGCACAUCGUCACAGUGGGCCGGCCUUGUCCGGAGUCUGCAAACUUCGGAUCUUCGACGCAAGAGCCUUCCUCGGACGCAUCACCCUUGA